AUGUUGGCGCGAGCACCGACGAUCGACACGCGGCCCGCCAGCGCAGCACCAACAGUCGAUCUUAUAGCGGGCAAUGAGUUUCUCAAGUUGCUUUUCGAACGUGAUGAAUCGCAGCGCGAACUGCACAGCGGUGAGCACGACGAUGCCAACGAACGAGUGGUGCGCGGACUGCAGGCACGUAGCGACAGCAGCAGCAGCAGCGGCAGAGGGGCUGCUGGCGAAAGGCGAGUGACGCGCGCCGAUCAUUACCAAUCGACAGGCGAUGCCACCACGCAGUCAAGUGAUUUGGGUAAUAGAGGCGCGGCGGCGCGUAGUCUUGGUUAUAAGAGUCGUAAUGUGCAGAACGAAGCGACAGCGACGACGACGGCGAAGACAACGCGAGCGAGCGAGGAGGGCAAACAAGUGGUGAAGUUGGUGACAUCAGGCAGUAAAAUUGUGUUCCUCGAAGAAUACGACGACAAUGACGCCAUUGUGGAUGCAGUGGCGCGUGACAUUGAUCUAAAAAAAGAAAUAACACAAACACACAGUAAACAGACAUCAAAGCCAACAGCGACGGAACAAGUGCACAUGCAUGUUGAAGCAAAUCCUAGCGACGAAGUCAAGGUAGUGGCGGUGAGCGUGUCAUCAUCGAGCAAACGUGGUGGCCAAAGUCGCACAACAACAAACAAUCAAUAUCACAUAGCUGACACAGAUAUGUCAAAACAGAGCAAUAUAUUCACCGAGACACGUGCGUCAAUGCCACACACAGACAACAUGCGACAGCCGCACAAGCAAACACCACAUGACAACAGCGCUGACAAGAACCAGAGCGCUGACAACAUGUCCGCCAUGACGGCAACAGCGACCACAACAGCGCCAACUGCGCCGAUAACUGCAUCGGCGGCUACCUCAACGAUGGAUGACUUUGUGAAUCGCUCACACAAAAGUGAAUUCUCCAUUGAGGAAGCCGAACCGUUGACAAUGUCGCCACAAAAAUUGCGCGGCGCACCGCAUGCAGCACGCGCUAAUAGUCCACGCUCUCUGCACACGCCACAUGCCGUGAGUGGACGUGCCGUUAAAAUGGCUGCCAACCUGGAUGUGGUCGACUCGGAGAAUAGCGCUUCGACCAAUAUACAAAACGUAUUGGCAGCGCCACUGACGCAGUCCGCUUCCACACGCACCGCUACUGUGAACGCACCAGCUGCAUAUCAGAGUGGCGCGAACAAACGUAAUGGCACGUCCGCGCCCAUAAAUCACAGCCUGACAAAUGCAGCGCGCUCACAUGUCAACACGCAAAUUAGCGGUGCUGAUGACAUGAGCGUUGCUGUUAUGCGCGACACGUCCGCAGCGGUGGCGCACGUUGAUGCCGCCAACGCUGAUAUGGAUGAGAAAUUGUUGCCCUUCCAAACGGUGAUCUAUCACAAUACCAAGGAAGGACAUGGCCCGCAGUCCCGCUCAAUAUCGUAUAGUUCGUUGUCACAGAAUGUGGAAGAUUUGCAUGCGUGGCGGCACUCGGGUAUUUUGGCCGAAGCGCAGCGCAAUGUAAGCGAGAGUUUAAAACCCUUACAACGUGCACAAUUGGCGCACAAUUCAGAGCCGGCGAAGUUUUAUUCGGUGCCAUCGAAAAUGUACAGCGAACCGUCGAAGUUUUACUCCGAACCAGCUAAGGUAUAUUCUGAGCCGUCUAAAGUUUAUGGCGAGCCCGAGAAGUUUUAUUCCGAACCCGCUAAAGUAUAUGGUCAACCAUCUAAGUUUUACUCCGAACCAGCGAAGGUAUACUCACAGCCUGCCAAAGUCUAUGGUGAACCGGCGAAAACUUAUUGGUCGCCAAGCGCCGCUGGUGCUGCCGUAACGGCUUCACCGUCUACGUCAAGCUCUACAAGCAGCACAACUACAACCUCAACCACGACUACACGCCCUGGGCGUUAUAUGCCCUCACGCCGACCCGCCAUUGUGUCACGCAUCGCUUUCGGUGAGGCGCAAACCUCAACAACAGCGCCCCCACAGCUUUCAGAUGAACACCCACCAGUCACAAUAUCGUCAAUAUCCACUAACCAGCAUCAACAGCAACACCACACGCAUCACACACGUUUCCACUCGCAUGCGCAUAGCCAUAGUCACAGUCACGGUGCGCAUAGUUCGCAUAGUGCACAUGAUUCACAUAGUUCGGUGCAUGUACUCGCGCAUACUCAAGCCAACAGUCAGUCUAACGCCGACACAGCCGCGCAACCUGCUCAAUCGCAGUCACUAUCACAGUCACAUGCGGCACAAUCGCAACCACGUCGGGUACUCUUCAACUUGGAUAAAUUGCCGUAUGAUUUAUUGAAUGCGCCGCAAUCACCGCAACAUCUCUUGGAUCCCGACUUCUCGCACAGUCCACCGGCGGCUGUUACCUACUCAUCGCCCCGGCAACGCCAAUGCUUGGAGUCCGCCUUUUCGGCGUCGUUGUCUCAAUCAGCUUUGCAACAGCAGCAGCAGCAGCAACGUCAGUAUUCGUCAUUGUCGGACCAACAUUCUAAUCAAAAUGCCAAAGGAUUGCCUAAUCGAGAUCUAGUCAAGUGUGUUUCCAAAUACAACCAACCAUUAGCCCCAUCAACGGCGACAACAGAGCGCAGCUACAAUGGCGACGACGACAAUAACGACAACGACGACAGCAGCGGCGGCUUGUAUACGCCGACCCCAGAGCAAAAUUACGAAAUUGAAGAGUCCGUAAGUGUUAUGACAAACGGACGAGCCCACGGUAUACAAGGCAAUGCGGCGGUAACUACAACGGCCAGACCAUCAUUUGCACUGCGCACCACGAAAUUCCCCAGUCGCGGUGCGAUACACCAUCAACAACAACAGCACCAACAACAACAUCACUACCACGGCAACGCCAACACAAAUGCCAAUAUAGACAACAACUAUGAUGAUAAUGUGGCGCAGGUUGGUGGUUUGGAUGGCGGCAGCGAUGACGAUGGCAUUGCUGGGGAUGGCAGUAAAACCGGCGAGGGCGGCGACGACGACGAUGCCAAGGUGGCGUAUGUGGUCGAGGGACGCAACUAUCGCAAGUAUCGCGUGGAGGAGAAGACCGACGACGGUUUCAUUGUUGGCGAGUACGGUGUGGUGGACCAUAAUGAUGGUAAUUUACGUGGCGUACGUUACACCGCCGAUUCGACCAUCAAUCGCAGUCUGAUACAAAAGGCGUUGUUGACAUUUCUUAAGCUCAAGUAGUCAAAUGGACAGCGUAAGGUGAUGGUGGUGGCAUAGCGCUGUCAUUGCGUACGGCAUAUAGUGGCAUAAGUGCAUGCUCGGUUAUAAGGUGUUUGGUGGUGCGUAAAACGUAAAGCGAUGGACGGCAAUGUGUGGCUCAUGCGCGCAGACGCACAAAUCAGCGCAUGCGUCUGCCAGCACAUCUCUCGCGGGGGUAGUGAGUUGCUGACGCGCGGGUUGUGUGGUCAUCAAAAUACAUAUACUGAACGCCUGGCGCGUUGCACCAACGGCUACGUUUUGCGUGACCUAAAGCUGGCUUAACAUGCAGUAUGCUGGCUGUUAAACGCCGACGCUAUGACAGCUAUGCGCGCCUAUUCGCAGUCGUUAAGCGCAAAGUAUUUCUUGUCUAUUCCUUGUGAGUUAUUCCUUAUUUUAUAAUUUUAUAAUUUUAUUUUUUUUACAUUUUUUUAUUAUUUGCAAUUUUAUUUUCGUAUUUUGUACUUUUGUUUAAGACCCAUUAGACAAGCUGAAAAAUAUGUGAUCCAAGUCGUACUGUAGGUAGUUUAACUAGGAAGGAAUACACUAAUACAUAGAAAGCAUCUUAAGCGUAUACAACUAGCAUACUUAGGCACAAAUACAUAUACUAUACGUUUAUAAGCGCAUACUGCGUUAGUAUGUAUGCACUCUCGUAUUUAGUUAGCAGAUAUUCGUAAAUAGCGCUCAUUUUUUAUAUUUUUUCAUAGCUGAUAAAAUGUCAAUAUGGCGCAUUGAUUGCAAUCGCUUAUGUAUUUAAUUUAUUAUAGUUUUUUGUAUACUUUUUUUUAAUAUUUAUUUUAAUUUUUUCUUCUACACACAGCACUUACCAGCGUACAUAUGCUUGUAUGUAUGCGCGUGUAGUUGCUAGAGUUUAGUCUUCGUUUUAGUUAACUCAUGUUUAGUGAUUUAUUGCAGAUGAAAACAACUUGCCAUAAAUUUCCGUAGCAAAAUAAAACAUACAAAAAACAAAAAAAGAAAGAAAAACAACAACAAGACAGCAGUUAAAAAACUAUUCGUAUUUGUAAUUUAGCAAAAGUGUUUUAUUCUUAAAUAUAUAUAUAUAUAUAUAUCUACAAAUCAUAUAAAAUAUACAACUGCUUAGUAUUAGCUACACAAGUUUGUUUGUAUGUCUAACUUCAAUACUCAUAAGUAAUUGCAACAAGUCGAUAUUUUUUUCUAUACGGACCAACAGUGUCCACGAUGCAAGCUAAUAAUUAUUUAUAUGUAGCAAUAAUUGUUUGAUUUAGCAUUAAUUUAAGCGUUAGACAAUUGUUUAGUGUUAAACGAGAUUAUUUAGAGACAAAAUCUUAACUUGUAAGUUUUAUCAGAUGAACGUGUUUCCUUCGACAGAAACAUGCUUUGAAGAAACUUUAGGCGAACAAAUUUAUUUAGACAAAAAUUGGAAAGCAAAAGAUAUGAACAUAUAUCAGCGGUAAAUAAAUUUUACAUAAAUACAUAUCAGUAGUAAAUAAAUGUUACUACAUAUUUUUAGUUAUAUGAAAUCACUACGCUUUCAUUUGCAUUAAUAAAUCAAUCGAAAUGUGGCUAUACUUAACACAUACAGGUAUUACUGACCUAACCCAGUGAUUCCGGCACUGGCAUCAGCAGCGUAUGAGUAUUAUUUUCAUGAGUACAGCGACUUGGAAUUGUGUAAUAGCUUACCCGAUGUCAGGUUUUUCAAUUUAUAAUCAUAACAACGACCGAUAUUUUGCCAUUAUCGUAAAACCCUUAAUAAAUAAUAUUCAUAAAAAUUCGAUUCUAUUAUCAGGCGCUUAAAUUAUUUAACAACUGAGGCACCACCUAAAAUGCAAAAUAACGUAACAUCACUUCAAAUAAGUUGAGAGGCGAAGGAAAAACGAUUUAAUAGAAACCACUCACAUUGAAACAAAAUUUGAGUUUUGGUUAAAAUGCUUAUAGAUUGAUUAUAUAUUGUUUAUAUCUGACAGCGGAAGCUAAAAUGUAAUGCAACAUAUAUGUAAUAUGAUGUAGUGAAUCGUAAGCAAUAAAAAACUCCAUUUAGAUUUUUGUGAUGAUACGUUGUUUUGUUCUCAGAGCAUUAAACAAAAGAUCACUCGCAUAACCAGUCGUUCGGCAUUCGAUACCUUACCCAACUAAUAUGCAUCAAAAAGGGUUGCUUUGACACGACCUGCCGCAAUUAAACAAAUGGCGAGGAAAUGGUAAAUCUGACAGUUCACUUCUAUCCUAAAAAAAGCCACACAAUAAAUAAUGCGAAGUCGGCAAAAAACCGAAAAACAUAGAUGAGCAACCGAAAAAAAAAUCAACAAUCUUAAGAAUGAUUGUUUUUUUAUUUUUUUGUCUUUUGAAUAUUUGGAUGUUUGUUUUAAGUUAGGCGCACAUUCGGUAUAAUUCAUCAGUUAUAAUUCUCUCCAUGAAUGUGGGAUCAGAUUUCACAUGAUCAAGCAUGUCCAAAGAGACCUGUUUAUGGUAGACUUUUUGAAAAAUUUCAGCUUUAUCGGGAAGAGUCGAGCAAAAACGCAAUUCAUACCCAAAAUAUUCACCUAAAUCUUGCGAGAGCCUGAUGAUUAUCACCGAAAGCCGUUUCUAACAUUUGCAACGAUUCCGCUCACGAAAUUUGGUUAGAAAUAUAAAAUUUGAAACAAGUCUUCACAGUUUAUUCGAAGUUAAGUGAAUUUGAAAGCAAUUUGCUGUUUACUGGUUAAUGCUGAACGUUGUAUGAUUUAAGUAUGAAGUGCGGUUAUUUUUGGGAUGAACGUUGUAUGAUGCUAUGAUAUGGUCAGUAGGAACCUUCUUUGCUAAUAUACUUAAUGUUUCAGAGAUUUGAACUAGUUUUAUAAAUAUUUUUUCAACAAUAGAAAUGUUCAAAUAUUUGUGGGAAGCUAAAAUCAGAAACGAUCCUAAUGUAUUGAGAUAGCUACGAGAUUCGAUGGCUUUGAGUUAAAGGGAUAUGAAAUAGAUUUUCAUGAAAAAAGUUUAUUAAAUUUGCAAUCAGUAUAUAAUAAAAAUUAACACAUUGAUGGCCAUUAUGUGAAAAAAUGAA